AUGUCCAAAUUUAUUUUGACCGUUAUUUCCAAAUCGUACCUUAAACAAACGAACGAUAGAUCGAUCGAGACAAUCGGAAUGUUUAAAAAAAUAAGUGUAUAUAUCAAAGAUUAUUUUGGUGUUAAAUAUGCUCUUUAUUUUGCUUGGUUAGGAUUUUAUACUCACAUGCUAAUACCUGCCAGUAUUGUUGGACUUAUUUGUUUUUUUUACGGGUGGAUCACUCUAAAUUACAACACUUUGAGCCAAGAUAUUUGCAAAUCUGAUGAUCUUAUUAUGUGUCCUCUAUGUGAUGAAACUUGCGACUAUUGGAAACUAACAGAAACUU